CAUGCAGUGGUUUUGUGAUAAUGGCUACUUUGGAUUUAUCUGAUGAUUUUAAAAUAAGUUUAGACUCGAUAGAAGAAGAUACUGAUGUUCCAUGGUUCAGUUUAAUUCAAAAUUUAUCUAACGAACAACUGGAGUUUUUGGAAAAUAAAUUUAAGCAGAAAAAAACACAAUCAAAGGAAAUAAAUAUAAAUCAAGAAAUAAUUGACCAAGAAGGCUUAACAAAAGAAGAGUUUCUAGAUGUAAUAUGCGAAAUUUACAAUAAUCAUAAUUAUUCUGUUCAAUCCUUAAUCCUUUUUGAGAAUAUUUCAAAAGGUGAAAAGUUUAGAAUAAAAUGGAACGAUUUUAUAGACUUUUUAAUUGCAAAUCUGGAACCCACAAGUCCGGAAAAAUUGAGACUUACUUUGAUGCAUAUCGAACCAAGUCCACAAACAAAAGUAAUUAAUUACAAAUACUUACUUAAAAAAUCUUGUGAUUUUUAUUUAUUAGCUUAA